AUGGCUGCGGAAGAAAACGAAGAUGUAAAACCGAAGAUUAACCUCGUUGUCGAAUUUGAGGGACAAACGUGUACAAUCAAAGUGAAAUCUGGGAUGGCCUUCAAGAAAGUUUUUGAAGCGGCAGAGAAGAGGUUUGGCAAGGAGCCAGGAACCUUCAAAUUUCAUUUCGAAGGUGUGCGACUGAAUCCUGAAUCUACACCGGCGGAAAUGUCAAUGGAGGAUGGAGACACGAUCGACGCACAUUUGCAGCAGCUGGGAGGCGGAGGUCGCCCGCCACAUCGGAGAUAA